AUGCAGAACAUGCAGCUCGUGAUGAUCAUUGAACGAAUUGUAGCAACUGUGUGGGUAGACACUUAUGAGAAGCAACGUCGAGCGCUUGGUGCUGUUCUCGUCACUAUCCUGCUGCUGCUCACAAUUUUCGAAACCGCUGGAGAUUACCGAGAUAUUAUUGCUAACGUACUAACAACGAACAGCCUUAUGGUCACCGACUCAAAGGCCGUAAAAGUGACGGCUGCAUUCGCUGUGGUAUUCCUUGUUUGCUGUCUGUCACUAGUGAUAAUACUAUCAUUGUACUGCUUCAAUCUACAUCGGAGAAGGAGGAGAACGUUAACUUCCCGAUACCAAACCUCGGAGAACAUUUCCACCUCGGCUAUGCUGUGCGUGAUUCUAACUAUACAGUUGACAACGUUUGCCAUUUAUGCCUUUCUUAUGGCUUAUCUUCGACUUACCAAGUUCCGUAGUCCAAUGUAUGACCCAUACAAGGAAUGUGCCUAUGUAAAUGGUGCCUCUAUGCACUCUGCUCCUACCAUUAGCUACGAUUGUCUUCAUAGAGAGAGCGAGAAAAAAACGCUUACAGGGGAUAAAAUCAAUGGUGAUGAUAAAAGCGAGUGGGCCCGAAGGCUGGUUCAAUUAUGCGUCGCAGCUGAGGCAGCAAUGGCAAUGACAGCGAAUAUAAUUGCAUGGAAACUACCAUAA